GUGUGGAUCGAUAUGGAGUGCGGCUCGGGCUACGCUUUGAUGCGGGUGAGGGCGUAAUCUAAAGUUUAUAAAUAUCGCGUACCCCAACGUGGUGUUUUGAAGGAGUUCUCCAACGAACAGAUCAACGGAUCAACAACUACAACAGACAACAUGAAGCUCAGCGUGCUUCUCUCCGUUCUCGUAAUCACUGCUGCAGUCAGUGAUGCGGCUGCUACUCCCAAGUCCUCUACCGCUGUUGCGGCCAGUCCUAGGUCUACCUCUGCUUCCAAGCACGAUGACUAUGAGCACGAUGGCGAGGAUGACAACGACGACGAUGAUGAGCGUUGGUCCUCCCGCUGGUCUUCGCAGGGAAAGCCCACCGCGUGGAACCGUGCUGCGUCUACGACCUCGUACAAGCCUACGACUACCAAGAAGGUGACCACGACGACGAAGAAGACUACGACGAAGCCAACCACCAAGACUACGACGAAGCCAACCACCAAGACUACGACCAAGAAGUCUACCACCUUGAAGACCAGCACGAAGAAGCCCGCUACGACUUCGGCGGCUAAGGCUACGGUUUUGCAGAAAGCUGCGGUUGCCACUUCGUCCAGCAAGACUACGUCGAAGACUACCACCAAGACCACGAGCAAGACCACGUCCAAACCGACUACUAAGGCUGCGACGACUACGUCCAAGACGACUACUAAGGCUGCUACCACUACGCCGAAGACGACUACUAAGGCUGCUACCACUACGUCGAAGACUACCACCAAGCCUGCUACGACGACGUCUAAGACGACCACCAAGGCUGCCACUACCACGUCCAAGACCACGACUAAGGCCUCGACCACUACCACCAAGGCUUCUACCACUGCCGCUGCCGCUGCUACUUCCUCCGCUCAGGCCUUCAUCAACACGAUGUUGACCUCCCACAACGCCUACCGCGCUAAGCACCAGGCUCAACCUCUCGUCUGGAAUAACACUUUGGCUACCUACGCCGUCAACCACGCCAACACCUGCAACUUCGCCCACACCGGCGGUCCCUACGGUGAGAACCUUGGUAUCGGAACCUACUCCGACCCCACCGUCUACGUCGAUAUGUGGUACGACGAAGUCGCUCAGUACGACUUCUCCAACCCCGGCUUCAGUGAGGCCACGGGUCAUUUCACCCAGUUGGUGUGGAACUCGACGACGCAGUUGGGAUGUGGUUAUGUCACAACUUGUCAGGGACAGGGAAACACUGGGUAUCCUAAUUACUUGGUUUGUGAGUACUACCCCCCGGGUAAUGUGCAGUGGACUGGGAGUGGAGACCCGUGGAGGUUCUACAGGACCAAUGUCUUCCCUGCAACGAGCUAAACGGGAGGUCUUGAGGGAUGUUUCGUAAUGGACAUUAUGAUAGAGAUGGACC